AUGGACGACGACUCGAUAGACGCCUCUCUUUCGCGACCUCUUAGAGGACGUCCGCGAAGACCGACUGCUCAGAGAUCAGUGCAUCAAUUGGUUCUUAAUUUGACUCAUAAUCAGAGCGACAAACGGACCAAUAGUUUGACUAAAAAACGGCAAAAUUCGUCGCAAUUAACAGAUUUAACGCCAAAUAAAACGCCGAUCGCAGAAACACCGCCCGAAGUGACCUCGAAAUGGGUUUUAGGACAACGGGUCGAAGCACGCGAUGUUGUGGGCGAUUGGUAUUCGGCAAAAGUGGUGGCUUUUAGUGAAGAUAAACAACAAGUUUUGGUUCAUUUCGAGCGCUGGAGUUCACGUUAUGACCAAUGGUUUGCUUUGGACUCUGAAUUCAUUCGCGAACGACGUCUGGACGACGAACAAAAUGACAACAAUUCUAAUAAAGCUUUUCAAGUGGGAGAAGAAGUAUUGGCGCGUUGGACGGAUGGACGACCGUAUCCGGCGUCAGUUGUCCAGAGAUUUGAUUCUCAAAAAUCGGUUUUAGUCUUGUUUUUCGACGGAUACCGAAAAAAAGUCAAAACUAAUCAAAUCGAAAAAAUGCCGAAAGAUUUUGAUGGACUUCGAGUUCCACAACCGCUACAGAAAGAGUUUCAGGUUAAAGAUGAUCACAACGACUUCAAAUGUCUUCAAAAAGACUGCAAUAAAUCAUUUCGCAAACAAAGUUUACUCGCACAACAUCUCAAACAUUAUCAUAAAAGGGACCAAAAGUCUGAACAAAAAGAGACUCAAGAACCACUGAAACCGUUUGUUGCGAUCGAACCCACAGUUGUGACGCCCGAACCGCCGCCGCCGCCGCCACCGGCCAAAAGCGAAACUCCAAAGCCGGAUGUGACGACGAGAAGUCGUGUUAAGCGUCGUUACGCUCGCAGAAGUCAGUCUUCGGUUCGAAAAUCAAUUCGAACUGAAACUGAAGUUUCGGUCGUCGUUCCGAACGUCGCAAAUCUUGUUCCGUCUUUAGUCAACGAACGCCUGACGCCCAACACGUGUUUGCCGUUUUGGGACGCGCGGACAAUUGCCGAGAUUCACGAGAACGACGACAUAGAGGAAGUGGUGCAUUGCGUGUGUUCUGCGCGCGAAGAAUCGGGAUUAAUGGUUCAAUGUGAGCUUUGUUUGUGUUGGCAACACGCCCAUUGUAUGCAUUUCGAAGGCGAACGCGAUGUUCCCAAAACCGGAUACUUUUGUGCGGCCUGUCGUUUCCCCCGCGGAGUUCGCAAAUCCCGAAGAUCGGCUUUUCUGGUCAAUCAUUCGGUAAAACAAAAUCGAAAACCAAUUUUCAAAAAAUUCAUUCAAAACGACGACAAAACCGAAGAUCGAAUCGCAAUGUCCGCCACCCACGCACUGUUGGCCGCAACACUCGAUGUCCGCCAAGUAUUGCGUUCUCGGGGAACCAUUGGAUCAAAUGAUUCAAAUUCUCAAAAAGAAAUUAAAUCUCUUUUGGACGCAAUUGAGGCCAAAGUGACAAAACUCGAGACACAGGAGGCGGAGGAGGAGGCGUUCGAAGUCAGUCUUAAAGACGAUUCUGACGUCAAAACGGCGUUAUUUAUGGCUUUUCGUGAUUUAAAAUCCGCUAAAAAAAUGACGAAAUUUGUGUUUUAA